AUGCUUCUCAAUCUUCCUCUUGCAGGAGAUAUGGAAAACUGGGAUAACACAACUACAGUGACCGAGUUUGUGCUCGUGGGCCUCUCCAGACUGCCCCAUGUGCGUGCUGCCUUGUUCGUCCUCUUCUUGGUCAUGUAUGCCAUCACCGUAGCUGGGAAUGGUCUCAUUGUGGUGUUGAUCGUGAUGGAUCCUCAGCUCCACACACCCAUGUAUUUCUUCCUCAGCAACCUCUCCUUCAUUGACGUCUGCUAUGUCACCACCUCUGUCCCCCAGAUGCUGGCGCACUGCUUCACAGACAAGGCCCUUAUCCCCCUGGGAAGGUGUUUUGCACAAAUGACCAUCUCUCUUUUUUUGGGAGUGGCUGAGUGCUUCUUAUUAGCUGUCAUGGCUUAUGACCGCUUUGUGGCAAUAUGCAGACCUCUACACUAUAACUUAAUCAUGAGCCAGAAGGCGUGCAUCAUCCUGGCGGUCAGCCUGUGGCUCAGCUCUUUCCUCUUGACCAUUGUCCCCUUUUUUAGCAUGCAGGCACGCUUGUGUGGCCGCAAUGUGGUGAAUCAUUUUACAUGUGAGGCCCAGGCAGUGUUGAAAUUGGCCUGCUCCGACACUCAAGCCAAUGGCCUUAGCAUGAUGAUAACAAGCGUCUUCACUCUUCUGUUCCCCUUUGUUUUCAUCCUUGUGACAUACGGGCGUGUUGGUCUGGCUGUCCUGCGCAUCCGCUCUGCCCAAGGACAGGGGAAAGCUUUGUCUACCUGUGGCUCUCAUCUGGCCGUGGUGGGCAUUUUUUAUGGCACUGCCUUGGCCGCAUACCUGAAGCCUCAGACCAAAAGCUUCACGGACAGGGACAAAAUAGUGGCUGUCUUUUAUGGGAUCGUGACCCCAAUGCUCAACCCACUGAUCUACAGCCUGAGAAACAGAGAUGUGAAGGCAGCCUUAUGGAGGCUGAUUGGGAGGAAAGUAGAGAAGUAA